AUGAUUUAGCCCAACGGAAGAAGGCCCAUCUAUAGAGCUCACGUUACAGAAAAACCCUAAAUAUUCGGUUGUCAUCACUAUCGUUUCGUCUCUAGGAUUUCAGUUUCUUCUCUCUUGGGAUAACAGUAGCUGCGGAAAAGCUGAAAUGGCCCCAAAGAAAGGAGUCAAAGUGGCUACCAAGAAGAAGCCGGAGAAAGUAACAAACCCUCUCUUUGAGAGACGCCCAAAGCAGUUUGGGAUCGGAGGAGCAUUGCCUCCGAAAAAGGAUCUCACGAGAUACAUCAAAUGGCCAAAGUCGAUCCGUCUGCAGAGACAGAAGCGUAUUCUGAAGCAGAGGUUGAAGGUCCCACCUGCACUUAACCAGUUCACUAAGACACUUGACAAGAACUUAGCGACUUCUCUGUUCAAGAUUCUCCUCAAGUAUAGGCCUGAGGACAAGGCAGCCAAGAAGGAGCGUCUUCUCAAGAAGGCUCAGGGUGAGGCUGAGGGGAAACCCGUUGAGUCAAAGAAGCCAAUUGUCGUGAAGUAUGGUCUUAACCAUGUUACAUACCUCAUUGAGCAGAACAAGGCGCAACUGGUGGUGAUUGCUCAUGAUGUGGACCCGAUUGAGUUGGUCGUCUGGUUGCCCGCACUGUGCAGGAAGAUGGAAGUUCCUUACUGCAUUGUCAAGGGAAAAUCACGAUUGGGAGCGAUUGUCCACCAGAAAACAGCCGCAUGCUUGUGUUUGACAACAGUGAAGAACGAGGACAAGAUGGAAUUCAGCAAAAUCCUCGAGGCCAUCAAGGCAAACUUUAACGACAAGUAUGAUGAGUACCGCAAGAAGUGGGGAGGUGGGAUUAUGGGAUCCAAAUCCCAGGCCAAGACUAAGGCUAAGGAGAGGGUUCUUGCCAAGGAGGCUGCUCAGAGGAUGAACUAGAUUAUCCACAGCUGGUUUCAUUUUUUGGAGGAAUCUAAUUUUAAAACUUAAAAAAUGAAAGUAUUUUGUUUUAGCUGUUGGGAUCUCUUUUAUAAAAUCAUUUGUAGCUUUUUUUGGGAUUGAAUAUCGCAUAUUUUGACUGUUUACAGAGUUACUUGAGAUUGAAAAUGCAUAUCUGAUUCUCAAAAGAACCAAAGCAAAGCAUUUCUUUGAGCUUGUGAAGCCUAACUGUCGGGGAAAAGAAUCUUCUACCCAUAGUUUUCAUCGGUAAAGUUGUUCACAAA